AUGCCACCAGUCCUGAUUCUCCUGACCCUACUUCUGCCUCUUGGAGCUGGUGCAGAUGAAAUCAUUGGUGGUCAUGAGGUGAAGCCACACUCCCACCCCUACAUGGCAUUUGUUGAGUCUGUGGAUAUUCAAGGGAAGAAGAGAUACUGUGGAGGCUUCCUGGUUCAAGACUACUUUGUGUUGACUGCUGCUCAUUGCAGAAACAGGACAAUGAUAGUAACACUGGGGGCUCACAACAUCGAGGCUAAGGAGGAUACACAGCAGAUCAUCCCUGUAGCAAAAGCCAUUCCCCAUCCAGACUAUAAUCCUCUGAACCACACCAGUGACAUCAUGCUAUUAAAGUUGAAGAGUAAAGCCAAGAGAACUAAAGCUGUGAGGAUCCUCAAGUUGCCCAGGAGCAAAACCCAAGUGAAGCCAGGGGAUGUGUGUCAUGUGGCUGGCUGGGGGAAAAUGUCCAUCAAUGCCAAUCAAGGAUCUUCCCGCUUACAAGAGGCUGAACUUAUCAUCCAGGAUGACCUGGAGUGCCAAAAAGGCUACUUCUGCUAUUCCAAGACCACACAGAUUUGUGCUGGAGACCCAAGGAAAAUACGGACUAUUUCUGAGGGUGACUCUGGGGGACCCCUUGUGUGUGGCAACAGAGCUUAUGGAGUUGUAGCCUAUACAAAAAAUUGGACAAUUUCUUCAGGAGUCUUCACUAAGGUUGUAUACUUCCUGCCAUGGAUAAGCAGUAACAUGAAGCACCUCUAA